UCUUUGUCUUGUUAUGUUUUUUUGAACGGAUGCAAAGACUUAAACUUUAAGCAUUGUUUGGGUUUCUUGAACUCGAUUUAGUUAAAAUUAGAUCUGAGUCAGCUUAGGACUAAACAAAGCUUUUUCUCGCUUUGCCAUGCCAAAAGCAAUCAACAGUACUAAAAACCCUUUUCUUAUUGUUCGGUUGGUGCAUUGGUUGUUGGUGUUCUUAUCAACUUCUGCGUCUUCUAUUAAUUAGCUUUUGAGGGGACCUUCGGACAUAAAACUCUCCAGCUGAAUAUCUAUCGGGUUUGUGUUCUUCUUGUUUAAUCAUUCAUUGAAUAAGGGAAUGAAGAAAGUGUAUAGGAAGGUGAUUUGGAUCAGACAUUCAGGGUUUAGGGUUUUUAGAGACAAGAAAUGGAUGUUCCCUUUUCUUGCAAGCUUGGUCUUGUCGGUUACUCUCUUAAUGUCUCUCAUGUAUGCUGGAUUUGAGACUUCUUAUGUGGAAGAAGAACCGUUAUUACUACCUUUUGAUAAUCUCUCAGAAGAAUACUUUGUAGAAUCACAUCUAAGAAAGUCUUUGAAUUCGAACUCGAGUUCGAAUUCAUCAGAGGUUCUUCCUAGGUUGGCUUAUCUGAUCUCAGGGACCAAAGGUGAUAGCCAUAGGAUGAUGAGGACUUUGCAAGCUGUGUAUCAUCCAAGAAACCAGUACGUUCUGCAUUUAGACCUCGAAGCUCCACCCAAGGAAAGACUAGAGCUUGCUAUGUCUGUGAAGAAUGAUCCUACUUUCCUUGAAGUUGCAAACGUCCGUGUUAUGUCUCAGUCUAAUCUUGUUACUUAUAAAGGCCCUACAAUGAUCGCUUGUACGCUUCAAGCCGUGGCGGUUUUGCUUAAGGAGAGCUUGGAUUGGGAUUGGUUCAUCAACCUUAGUGCAUCAGAUUAUCCUCUUGUGACACAAGAUGAUUUGUUGUAUGUCUUCUCCAACUUGUCUAGGAGUGUGAAUUUCAUUGAACAUAUGAAGCUCACCGGGUGGAAACUGAACCAGAGGGCGAAAUCAAUCAUUGUUGAUCCUGGCUUGUACCUAUCAAAGAAAACUGAAAUAGCUUGGACUACACAGCACAGAUCAAUCCCCACUUCUUUUAAGCUGUUCACAGGCUCAGCAUGGGUGGUUCUGACUCGGUCUUUUCUUGAAUACUCAAUCCUGGGAUGGGAUAACUUCCCUAGGACGAUCUUGAUGUACUACGCUAACUUUGUAUCUUCACCGGAAGGAUACUUCCACACAGUCAUAUGCAACACUAAAGAGUUUAAAAGCACGGCUAUAGGGCAUGACCUGCACUACAUUUCUUGGGACUAUCCUCCAAAGCAACACCCUAACUCUCUAUCGAUGAAGGAUUUCGACAAGAUGGUCAAAAGCAAAGCACCCUUUGCUCGAAAGUUCCACAAGGACGAUCCUGUGUUAGAUAAGAUCGAUAGAGAGCUCUUGGGACGCACUCACAGGUUUUCCUCGGGAGCUUGGUGCGUUGGGAGCUCGGAGAACGGCUCUGAUCCCUGCUCUGUUAGGGGAGAUGACUCGGUUUUGAGACCAGGACCUGGUGCUGAGAGGUUAAAGGAGCUUGUUCAGACGCUUUUAUCUGAUGAGUUCAGAAGUAAACAGUGUUCAUGAUGAGAGGAAAUGAUUAUAAACAAAACUCAAAAUUGUACAUUGUUUUUGUUUUACUCAAUAGAUUUGUAGGUUCUGUUAUACAAAACGAUCAUUGUAUCUUAAAAAAUUUCUAAUAUAAAGCAAGAACAGUAGAAAGCUAGAAAUUUCAGCUCAAAUUGAUCAA